AUGAGGAAGGAAAUUCUUCAAAGUAGGAUUGCGGUUAUUUUGAAAAAGAAAACAUUAUCAUCAUCAACAAGUGUGGAAGAAGAGACGGAGGAGAGAAUAGAAUCAUCAUAUGGAAUGGAACAAUAUGAUAUUAAUGAUGACAAAUUAAUAAAAACAACAACGGAUGAAAUAAUUAUCAAGGAGGAAAGAAUUUCGGAAUGUAAGAAGGAUGAAAAUAUUCCUGAUAAUGAUGAGGAACAAGAAGAACAAACAAUGGCUGAAGAAGGUGCUGCUUGUGAGGAACAAGAAGUGAUUCAAGUCAAGACAGAGAAGAAGAAGCGACCUUCUCUGACAAAGGAGGAACGUUUGGAGAAGAAGAGAAAGAAAUUUGAAGAAGUGAAAAGAAAAAGUGGUGAGUUGGUGGCAACUUUGGUCCUGAAAGCAUUGAAAAAGAAAAUGAAAAAGGAGAAGCCAGAAAGCAAGACGAAACAAAGCAAAAAACGAAGCCAAACAAGGAAGAAAGCCGAGAAGAUCAAAAUUGAAGAAAAGGUCGAGGAAGACGAUCGUUCAGAGGCAGAAAAUACAGAAGCAUUAGAAGUCAAUGAAGAAGCUCAGGAAUUUGAUCAAGAGCUAGGAGGAAUGGAAUGUGGAGAUUUAUUGGAAGAAAAACAAGUAACAAAGCCACUUUGGCUUAUUUUGAUGGAAAAGAUGGAAAGAGACUUGGCUCUUUUGAGUACUCAAGAAGAGGAACAAAAAGAACAAGAACAGCCAACACUUUCACCCUCACCCCCACAAGUAUCACAAUCACAGGAAUCUCAUUCGCAAGCAGAAAGUAACAUUGAAGAGGAUGAUGAAGAAGAAAUAGUAUUACGAAAAACUACGGUCGAAAAGCCAAAACAAAAGAAACCUACAAACAGAUCAAAAACGAAAACCACACAAAGGAAAACAAAAGUAUCCAAAGCAGCUCCCAAACGAAAGCUCGUUACCUCUGAUAUUCACACAAAUGAAGACUAUGAAAAGAAUAGAAAGAGAACAAAACAAACGAAAAUCUUGAGUUUUUUUCAAAGUAAUCAAGUAAGCUCUCAAUAA